CAGUCUCUGGUUCUUUGCGGACGCAAAGAGAUUGGGCGAAAGUCGGCAUCAGCAGUGUUUGAUGAGAAAGAAAAAAAGAAAAAAACUGCGGACGAAAGGGAUGCAAGGCUGAAAGAACGGAACUUGGAAUGUGUCGAAAGCUAGAGAGAGGAAGGAAUAUUUGAGGAUGCCAACUGUUUAAUGAAUGGUAUAAAGGAAUCAAAGGCGAAAGGGACGGUUCAAUGAAAUGUUUCAGUGACGACGCUGCAUAACUAUGUUGUCCAAUAUUCUUGGAAUAGUUUACUUGAGUCCACUGAACGAUAUUAAUCAUAAACGACAAUAUGGGAUUUCACUGGGAAAAGUGUUCUUUAAGUACCUAAAUGCGACAGAUAGAAGUAUAUAAAGGACGUUUAAUAUAAAUGAGUUUUUUUCUAGACGUUUUUCCUGCAAUCUAAUUUAAACAUACCAUAAAUAAAUUUAUUUGGAUUUUUUUUUUAUUUCUUUGAAUCAACAACAGGUGAAAAUGUAUUUGGGAAAAGCACUUUUGUUUUUCUUACUUUUGAAUCGUGUGACCAUGAGUUUGUCGCUGUCCACUUGCGCUACUGUGGACAUUGACAACAUAAAAAAGAAGAGAGUUGAAGCAAUCCGAGGACAAAUUCUAAGCAAGCUUCGACUGACCAGUCCGCCACAAUCAUCGCCCUACCAAGUCCCCUUCCAAGUUCUGGCUCUGUAUAACAGUACGAAAGAGCUGCUUGAUGAAUUGGGGAAGGACCGGCAGCAAUCUUGCGGUCAAGACAACACGGAAACCGAAUACUACGCCAAAGAGAUACACAAAUUCAAUAUGAUUCAAGGAGCGCCGGAUAACAACGAACUGCACCAGUGCCCAAAGGGAAUCACCUCCAAGGUGUUCCGCUUCAGCGUCUCUGCCAUGGAGAAGAACGCCACUAACCUGUUCCGGGCCGAGUUUCGUGCCCUUCGUGUGCCCAACGCCAGCGCCAAGAGGAACGAGCAGCGGAUCGAACUCUACCAGAUCCUGAGACCGGAGGGGCACAUCGCUAAGCAGCGCUACAUCGGUGGCAGGAACAUCCUCACCAAAGGCACGCCUGAGUGGGUCUCCUUCGACGUGACCGAUACGGUGCGGGAGUGGCUGAUGUACCGCGAGACUAACCUGGGCCUGGAGAUCAGCGUGCACUGCCCCUGCCAUACCUUUGGCCCAAACAGCGACAUCAUUGAAAACGUCAAUGAGGUGCUGGACGUCAGGUUCAAAGGGGCAGAGGGAGACUACGAAGACCUAGUAGGCCGGUCAAAGAAGCAGAAGGGGGGGGAGCUCCUCCCCCACCUGAUCCUAAUGAUGCUGCCCCCACACCGCCUGGAUACCCAUUCGUCCUCCCGCCGACGCAAGCGUGCACUGGACACUAACUAUUGCUUCACAAAUUCUGAGGAAAACUGCUGUGUGCGCCCGCUAUACAUAGAUUUCCGCCAUGACCUGGGCUGGAAGUGGAUACACGAGCCCAAAGGGUACUACGCCAACUUCUGCUCUGGUCCUUGCCCCUACCUACGCAGCGCUGACACCACCCACAGCCAGCUGCUGAGCCUGUACAACGCCCUAAACCCAGAGGCUUCAGCCUCCCCGUGCUGCGUACCCCAAGACCUGGAGCCGCUCACCAUCCUGUACUACUCUGGCCGCAACCCCAAGGUGGAGCAGCUCUCCAACAUGAUUGUCAAGUCCUGCAAGUGCAGCUGAGAGCACAGCAGGUGUGGGAGUGGGGGCAUCAUGGGUUGGCAUUGGCCGUGCAGCAGAAGGGACUGUCAAAAGAACAGCGCCCCCACCUGGCCAGCCAUUUAUGCUGCAUGUCCACCCAAGCAAGGACGCACAAUUUGAAAGCCACUCUGCAACUGCGAAAAGGACAUGAACUAGACUUGCAGAUCCUACCUUUUUUCAUUUAUUUAUUCUCCCUUUCAAUGCUUUUAAAACAUCCAGUCCUUUUCUUUUCCUCCUCGUUUAGCCUUUCAGCUGCCUUUUUAUUUCUGAAAAUCCCUGGGUAUUUCAUACAGACAAAACAGACAGAACAAACUUGUAUCAAACUACAACAGCAACAGGACUGCCUUGCUGUCUGGGACACAGUUACACUUGACUAGGAGGACUAAUAGGCUGUUGGAUUUAAAAUUGCAAUUUUUAAAAGGUUACACCAAGCACAGCCUGGGUAAAGACAAGGGCCAAUACCUUUUUGGGGGGAAACACCUGCUUAGAUUCUUAUCUUCUGGAAAAGGGGGAAGUAUUCAUGCUGGGAAAGCCAAGCUGUGUACGUACCUGGAGCUGGGCACUGUGCAUGUAGACUUUAUGACAGAUUCAAAUAGUCAAGUAGAAAGAACAGAACUUCCUAGGAGAACAUUGCAUUUGUUUAAAAAAGAAAGGCAUCAUUAUUGUUAUGAUUACCUCUGUGUUGAAACAAAACUUUUGGGACUUUUUUUCUCAUAAAUGGAAUGAGAUUUGUUCUAUUGUACAAUCUAUAUCACGUAGUGAAUAUUUCACUAAUACAAAAAUUGUUCAUGUUUUUAAUGCUAUUACCCCUGACAACUCUUUUUAUAUUAAAAGUGAUCUUGGAUGGAU